AUGAAAAUAAAAUGGUUAACCAUUCAACAAAAUUUUACAAAUUUAAGCCAAAACUUUGCAAGAUUAUUAAAUGUUAGUGAAGAAGAUUUUAAAGCAAGUACAGGUUGGUUAGAUAGGUUUAAAAAACAAAAUGAUAUUCGAAGAUUCAAGAUCCAAGGAGAAUCUGAAA